AUGAGUUUGGAAAUUGAAUCGAUGGUGCGCCAUGUAUCUCCAAUCAACCCAGCGGUGUUUCCCCAUUUAACUCUUCUUUUGUUGAGCAUUGGGAUUUUCUUCACAGCGUGGUUCUUCGUAUACGAAGUGACGAGUACCAAAAGCUCAAGGGAUCUAUUCAAAGAGCUUCUGCUAUCACUCGUAGCAUCAUUGUUCUCGGGAUUUGGUAUUCUCUUCUUGCUGUUAUGGGUGGGCAUUUACGUCUAA